AUGGCGCCAAUUCCAUACAUUCAAAAAGCAAUGCGAUUAAUCAUUGAGCAACUAUAUAGCGUAUUCUUCUUCAGUAUUUGUUCAUUCGGUUCAUACGGUUCAACAGAACAGCAUAACACAUGUAUGAGUAAACCAUUAACUUAUCAUGAUGUUGAAAGACAUUUUAAUUAUUCAUCAUCAAAUCUAUUCUUUUUGUUCGGGAUAAAUAUUCAUCGACCAUUUCUCAAUGAAUUUGAUCAAACACAUGCUGAAGCAAGCAUAUUUAUAGUAGUUGUUUGUAAAAAGAACUCAUCUAAUUGUAUUACACAAGGUGAAUCAUUACCAACUGAAUAUGAACUUGAGUUUAGUGUUGAUGGCGUACCUUACAGUGACAAGAAUUCCCAAAUUGAUCGUCGAUGGCAUCGAACAAAAGCAGCUAAUUAUGAAUUUCUUUAUGAGCCGUUUAAUUCUCAUUCAUGGUAUGAUAAGCCAGGCAAUGAGCAAGGCUCAGUUUGGAAAAAUUUCAUUAUGAAUAUGGAUUCGUAUGAACAGGAAAAUAUUCAUGCGAAAUGGGUCGAAUUCGAUGUAAAACUUAGUGAUGCCGGAAUGCAAUUUAUUGAAGGUCAACAACUGUAUAACAAUGUUGUUGUUCAACAAUUUAAAUUAUAUUUUUUUAUAUCAACUUUUCAAUGUUUACAACCACCGUUCAUUUAUUUUGAUGGUCUAAUUUCAAAGAAAACUUAUCUUUCAGCUUUUCAUUUGCAAUUAAUGUCAGAUAAAUGUCAUUUAUAUAAGUAUACAUGUUAUUUGAAUAUGAAAAGAAUUAGUACAAAUAAAUCAACAGAAAUAACAUUUCAUGAAAGUAACACGAUAAACAUUAGUAUAAAUAGUCCACUGCUAUAUUCUCAACGAAUUUCAAGUGAACAAGAUGUAAAACCUUCGAAUUUUAUCAAUCGUAUUUAUGAAAGCGUGACUAUUGAAACUAGUGUUUCAUUAUCUCAUAAUCAGUUCUAUCUUGAUGCUAAAUGUAUCAAUAAAAAUUUGGUAACAUCAAGACAAUUCCUGUUAUGCACACAAGAUUAUGUCAAAUAUGACACUUCAAUAGCAAGAUUUCGUAUCGAUAUUAUUCUAUGCAAAUUUACAGCGGCAUAUCCUGACCGAUGUAGCUAUUCUCUUUACGAAUAUAUAUUAGAUGAAUAUUUACGUUUAUUUAUACCGAUUGAAGGCGACAAUAUCACAUUUAUUGGAUUUAUACGUCUUGAUAAUGGAUCAUCCAGCAAUGAAUGGAGAAAUCAUCUUAAAGAAAGCUACGAUAAGAUAUAUGCAAACGAACUACAAAAUACGUACGAUUAUAUGAUUGAGAUUAAAUCGAAAGUUAAUAGUGAAAAUUCAAUUAUUCGUUCUUAUCAAAUUAUAACUGAUCAAAUUCAUGUCUGCCAUCUUAUAUGUCGAACUAAUUGUGUUCAAAAAUCACCAGAUCAUACAGAUUACUUUGUAUCAAAGUCAACUGUAGAAUUAAUAUUACUUUGCUUUCAAUGUAGUUUUACUAAAACUUACAACAGUCUAAAUCACUCGAUUCUUUAUUUUUUUUCAAAAUUAUCACGUGAUUCUGCAUUACUCCGAAUUCAAAUUACUGAAGAACUUCAACAUGUAUCCGUGAAUUGUUAUGAUGCUCAAAAUAAACAAUAUUCAAUCGAAGGAAAAUUUCAUUUCAGAAAUCAAACCAAUAAUAGUCAAGAAUUUUUUUGUUUAAUCAAUCCGACAAUUAUCUAUCCGUAUCAUGAAGACAUUAUACUUGAAUGUAAUCAUUCUUAUACACGUUCAGAUAUUAUUAUUUGGGCGAUAACACAAUUAAGUAAGUAUGAAGACCAAAUAAGUCUCCUAUAG